CAGGAAGGUUGCAAAACAAUUGCGUCAGAAAGUUGCGCACUUGUUUCUGGAAAGGUGAACGACGAACGUCCGUCUCGAUUGGUAAAGGAUAAGAAAAUACUGUCAUCAUGUUGGUGGCGAGGCUGGCAUGUCUGAGGACUCUCCCUCUCGCCGGACUCCGUCCGGUGCUGACACAGAGCUCUCCAGCCCUGAGAGCUCCCACCCUGAAGGCCUGUCCACCCCUGUUCAGGCCCCAGCAGGGUUUUUCCUCAAGGCCCAGAUUUGGUUUCCGUCGUGCGAAGACGACCAAAGACCAGCUCAAAGAAGCAGCUUUUGAGCCAGCAACGGACACGGUCAUCAAAAUUGACAGCAUGGGGAGGAUGGUUCUGGCCGGAGGUGCAGCAAUCGGCCUCGGAGCUCUGUGCUACUAUGGACUCGGCAUGUCCAAUGAAGUCGGCGCCAUCGAGAAAUCAAUGUUUUGGCCUCAGUAUGUGAAGGACAGGAUCCACUCCACCUACAUGUACUUUGCAGGCAGCAUUGGACUGACGGCUCUGUCAGCUGUGGCUGUGAGCAGAACCCCAGCGCUGAUGGGUCUGAUGAUGAGAGGAUCCUGGCUGGCCAUCGGAGCUACUUUUGCAGCUAUGAUUGGUGCCGGCAUGCUGGUCCGAUCGGUGUCAUAUGAGCACAGCCCAGUCCCCAAACACCUGGCCUGGAUGCUCCAUGCAGGUGUGAUGGGUGCUGUCAUCGCUCCCCUUACUCUCCUGGGGGGGCCUCUGAUGAUGCGGGCAGCCUGGUACACAGCGGGCAUCGUGGGAGGUCUGUCCACUGUGGCCAUGUGCGCCCCCAGUGAGAAGUUCCUCAACAUGGGCGGGCCGUUGGCUGUCGGCUUCGGAGUGGUGUUCGCCUCUUCUAUUGGAUCGAUGUUCCUGCCGCCCACCUCGGCGUUCGGAGCGGGCCUGUACUCUGUGGCCAUCUACGGAGGUCUGGUUCUGUUCAGCAUGUUCCUCCUCUAUGAUACACAGAAGGUCAUCAAGAGAGCAGAGACACACCCGCUGUACGGCGUCCAGAAAUACGACCCCAUCAACGCGUGUAUGGGCAUCUACAUGGACACGCUGAACAUCUUCAUGAGGCUGGUGAUGAUUCUGAGCGGCGGCGGCGGCGGCAGAAGGAAGUAAACGCCUGCGUUCUGACUCCGGCUUCGGCUUCAUGUUCCCCAGAGCUGAACAAAGCCGUUUUAUUACUAGCAGCAUACAACCAGGUGUUAUCGUUUAGAGACAAAGCUUUUGUAACUGGUAGCUCAACAUCAAGGCUUUGCAGAUGUGCGAAGAGGAAUGUUGCCAGUCCAAAUCAGGAAAGCAAAUUGUACGUUGGUGACACGCUGAGAAGAGGCUCUGACGUUGAUUCUGAUCUGAAUAAUCCUGCGGGGUCACAGAUGAGUUAAACCUGUCUGUCGAUAUUAUGUUUGCCUGCCUCACAUGUCCUUUGUAUUGUUCUUUGUGUUUUCUAUUUAUUUCUGGUGUUUCUGUUUUCACCAAUGAAAGUUCCAAGAAAAAAAAGAAAUGAGAAAAUGACAGAAAUCCCACCAAUGUCAACUACGAGCUGCUCCACAUUCACAGCACAAUAAAUGACUAUGCUCUAUGUUCUUCGCUCCAGAUUUCACUCAUGCUGCACUUCUGUUAGAAGUUUAAGACGGUCGUAUGUUUCUGAGAAAAAUGCAGUAAUUUCAACAACGGGAUCAACGAAUAAACACGUCAGAAGUGA